GUGACACCACCCGGAAGUGACGCGUACGUCAAUAAGAAGCAGACACAAGCAACAGUGUGUAACGCAGCACAGUUCAUCCCUCUUUUAAUCUUUUAAAACAAAAAUACAACAUGUCUUCGGAUUUUGAAGCGUACGAGCAGGACUUUGGCACCCUCACCGCGGAAAUAACCAACAAAAUUGGAAGAAUACCGAAACUAGCCGGUGAGGAGAAGACACAGCUGGUUCUAAAUGUCGACAAACAGCUUGAAGAAGUCAGAGAGUUGCUCGAGCAGAUGGACCUGGAGAUUCGAGAGAUUCCUAUUCAGAGCCGAGGCAUGUACAACAGCCGUCUGAAGAGCUACAAGCAAGAGAUGGAAAAACUUGAGAAAGAUUUUAAAAGGUCACGUAUUGCCUACAGUGAUGAGGUGCGGAACGAGCUCCUGGGGGAUGAUGGGAGCUCCUCGGAGAGUCAGUUGAUAAAGUUACGUGAAGAGAGAGCACAUCUGUUGGACAACACAGAGAGGCUGGAAAGGUCAUCUCGGAGGCUGGAAGCUGGCUACCAGAUAGCGGUGGAAACCGAGCAAGUGGGACAGGAGAUCCUCAGCAACCUGCACAGUGACCGUGAGAAGAUACAGAGAUCCCGCGAUCGGCUGAGAGAGACGGAUGCUAACUUGGGCAAGAGCUCUCGGAUCCUGACCGGCAUGCUGAGAAGGUAAGAGGAAGGAUCAUUCAGAAUCGUAUCCUGGUCUUCAUCCUGGGUGCCAUCCUCUUCCUCACCAUCGUCUUGGCCAUCUAUUUCAAUUUGCGAGGGCACUGAUCUCCACUGACUGGCCCUAUGCCUGCAUGUGUGAGUGUGUACGAGCGUGUGUGUAAGAUUAAUAGUGACAAAAGCGUUGGGCUGGAGUAAUUAGGACAAAUUGUUCACAUGAAUCAUUCCUGGUGGGCAGUGACAGGGGGCCUCUCCUCGCUGCUCUCGAGCGGAGCGGGACUGUUCUCACCCUCUCUCCCCUUAUAUUUAUGCUGCGUCCAUUACUUUUAAAACUUACUGACCCAUAGACAAAACCCAACACGGAUGUGUGGACAUGAGGACCAUGAUGUGAACAUCAGAUGGAUGAAGAACAUGAAGACGAACAUCAACGUAUGUCAUAACCUGCAGUUUAAUGUUUAGUUUUCUUUUUCUCUAAAGCUACUAGUAAUAUCCCAUCCAUCAGGUGUAUGUGUGUGUGUGUGUGUGUGAGCCGUACACACGGCAAGGCCCCCGGUGCAGUACCAUUUAGCACAUGGUGCAGAAUCACACACUACACACAGCCCAAAGGUCAUGCGCCCGUCUCUCAGUCCCCCUUCAUCCAGGAUUAGUAGCUUCUCACGCUGUUCCUCUAAGGUCAGCAAAGACCUCGCAUGUGUUUAGGUAAACCAGCGGGACUGCUUUGAACAAGAAAACAUCCAUGUCCACUUUUACCUUUACUAAUCAAAUCUGACAGCAUGAUAGUAACUGUAGUCAGUCGUACUAAUAAGAAAUGUUUCUUGUAUUUAUUUGUCGUUUCAGAUGAAUUGUGAUGUUUUUUUUUGUUGUUUUUUUUUGCUGUAACUUUCUUUCGAUUUAUCUGGAAUUUGUUUUAGCCAUUAGUAUUUGACAUUAAAAUUAUAUUAUUUGUUUACUGUACAAUGCUGUUGCAAAUGUGCUUCAUUGUUCCUAUAGGGGGACCAACUAGCAAGCUUCAAUAUUGAAAUAUGCAAAAUUUGUGAGUCUGCUCCAGGCUUUCACCUGCUGGUUGAGUAUUAGACUAUGAGAGAGAAGGUAAAAAUGACUGUGUACUAAUAGUACAGUUCAUUUCUGUUAGUUUAUCUGAUUUUUAUGUGAGAUGAGAUGAUUCCUUUGUAUUUUUUCACAUAUUUAUGUGUUUAUUGCCAUGAACUCCGGCUCAUUUUUGCUGUCUAAUGCAUACGUAGGCAGUUGACAUCUAAGGAUGCUUAAAUUAAACCUUGUAAAUGACUGAUACAAAACCGUCUACAUAAUCAGCAACUUUAAACUCAUAGGAGCCUAAUAACAAGCUAAGCUAAUAAGGGAUAGUUCACCCAAAAGUACAAAAUUCUGUCAUUAAUUACUCAUCAUCAUGUCGUUCAAAACCUGUGAA